AUGGGGCUCGGAUGCGUCGCCGUCGUGUGCACCGAGCUGAGAGAGCUCUCGCUCAAGUGGUGCCUUGGGGUCUCGGAUAUGGGGAUCCAGCUCCUCGCGCUCAAGUGCAGGAAGCUGACCAGCCUGGAUCUCUCCUACACCAUGAUCACAAAGGAUAGUUUUCCUGCAAUCAUGAAGCUACCCAAUCUUCAAGAGUUGACACUGGGACAUGACAGAAUGGGGCGCCCAUUUUGUGCUUACAGUAUGAGUUGCUUGAUGAGAUGA